AUGGCUUCCCGUUGCAGUACCCAUCAUUUGUUGAUCUUGGCAUUACUCUGCUCUUGUCUUCUUGUUGUUUAUUCUUUUUCUCUGGCGAAAGAAGAUGAACUACUUGGUCCCUUUAAUGCCAUUUAUUAUUUGGGAGAUAUCGGCGACUCUUCAUCUUCAUCAGCUGCUGAUCAUAUUGCUGUAACCCUCAAUCUGCCUUCUCCACAACCCCACACCCAACAUGGCACUGAAUUCUUCGAGUCCGGUCUUAAUUUUGCCACCCCUGGAGCUACCAUCAUGAGCCCUUUUUUCUUCCUAAAGAAUGGUAUCAAACCACCUCCGCAUUCUCAUGACCUAACUCAGAUUGUCACUUUCAUGAAGUUCUUCUAUAAAGACUGCUUCUCUUUUCAUGACUGUGGCAAAAACAAGGUUCUUCGGAAAGCUCUCAUCUUUAUGGAUCAACCUGGAAUUAACGACUACAAACAGGCCUUCUUAAAUGGAAAAUCUAUUUCCGAGGCGUCUCAUCUUGUGCCUGAAGUGGUGGAGACCAUUAAGAAUUCAGUGGAAAGACUCAUCAUUGAAGCUGAAGCCAAAACUAUAAUGGUUUCUGGAAUUCUACCCUUGGGGUGCUUUCCAGGUUUUCGGACUUUGUUUCCCGAGGGCGAUUCAAUGGGCAAAAACAGAUGUCACAAGGGAUUGAAUCUGUUCUCGAAGCUUCACAACGAUCACCUUUCACAAGCAAUUAUGGAGUUGCGUUUGAAAUACCCUGAAGUUCACAUCAUAUACGCAGAUUACUACAAAGCAUUCAUGGCUGUUCUUAAAAAUCACGCCUUUCUGGGAUUCAAUACAGAGACUUUGAUGAAGGCGUGUUGUGGCAGUGGUGAUGGUCCAUUCAACUUUGAUGCGAAGAAGAAGUGCGGUGAGAAAGGAGCUGCUACGUGUUCUAAGAGGGCUUCGUAUUUACAUUGGGAUGGAUUUCGUCUGACUCCAGAGGCUUUGGAGAACCUGAUCGAUACACUCUUCAGCAAAAAAGGAUUCAUAUUCCCAGAAUUCAAGUUUGAAGAAGAAACAGCAGCAGCAGUAACAAGGCAUCAUUCCAGGAUUCAUGGGGGAGUUAGAAACAUGUCUUCAAUUGUUAGGCAUUUACUUUUCGUCUAA